GCGGCGCUCAGCCGGGACCGGGUCGCAGCGGCGGCGAGAUGAGCCGGGCCCCCGCCUUCCUGAGCGCCGCCGAGGUGCGCCGCCACCUGCGCGGCUCCGGCCUCCUCCUGCCGCCCCUGCAGGCCGCCCUGGCCAACUUCUCCCGCGGCCCGGACGGAGGCGUGGAGCAGCCGGUGCGCACCGUGGUGCCGGUGGCCAAGCACCGGGGCUUCCUGGGCGUGAUGCCUGUCUACAGCGCAGCGGAGGAUGCCCUGACCACCAAGCUGGUCACCUUCUACGAGGGCCACAGCCCGGGCUCCGCGGUCCCCUCCCACCAGGCCAUCGUGCUGCUCUUUGAGCCCAGCAACGGCUCCCUACUGGCGGUCAUGGAUGGAAAUGUCAUAACUGCCAAAAGAACAGCUGCAGUGUCUGCCAUUGCCACCAAGUUUCUGAAACCUGCUGACAGCGAGGUGCUGUGCAUCCUUGGAGCUGGGGUCCAGGCCUAUAGCCAUUAUGAGAUCUUCACAGAGCAGUUCUCCUUUAAGGAGGUGAGGAUAUGGAACCGCACCGCAGAAAAUGCAGAGAAGUUUGCGAACACCGUGCAAGGAGAGGUUCGGGUCUGUUCGUCAGUGCGAGAGGCCGUGACAGGUGCUGAUGUGAUUGUCACGGUCACCAUGGCAACAGAGCCCAUUUUGUUUGGUGCAUGGGUGAAGCCAGGGGCCCACAUUAACGCGGUUGGAGCCAGUAGACCCGACUGGCGAGAACUGGAUGACGAGCUCAUGAAGCAGGCCGUGCUAUAUGUGGAUUCCCGAGAGGCUGCGCUGAAAGAGUCAGGAGACGUGCUGCUGUCAGGGGCUGAGAUCUUCGCCGAGCUGGGAGAAGUGAUAAAUGGAGUGAAGUCAGCCCACUGUGAGAAGACCACAGUGUUCAAGUCUCUGGGGUUGGCUGUGGAAGACAUGGUUGCAGCCAAACUAAUAUAUGAUUCAUGGUCAUCUGGUAAAUGAAACAAAGCAGCUCUGCAUCGAGAUGAAUGCUACAACUCAAAGGACAUUGCUGUGACUUGUCUCAGAAUUUCCAGAUUAAAUGACAGCCUAGACCCCAGUGAACUGCAAUUUGUGCUUAUUAUGUUGUACUUUAAAUACCGAGUUUGUGUUUGUAGGUGGAACCCAAAACUUGAUGACUAUUUCUUCUGUUAAACCAAAUUAUAAUAACAUUCCCUUCCUUUGUGUUUCACUAACUUUGGACUUCCCUGAAAUAAAGCUUUUCCAGUUCUGUGCA